AUCGAAUUUUGUUUUGGUUCAACAACAACCAGCAACUGAAAUCCACAGCAACACUAAAUCUAAAAAAAUUCAAAAUACAAAAUUACUAGUAAAUAGACAAAAAAUUACAAGCAAUGGCCGAACUGACUGAGGAGCAGAUUGCAGAGUUCAAGGAGGCCUUCGCCCUGUUCGACAAGGAUGGCAGUGGCUCCAUCACCACCCGCGAAUUGGGCAUCCUGAUGCGCUCCCUGGGCCAAAACCCCACCGAGGCCGAGCUUCAGGAUCUGGUGAACGAGGUCGACAUCGAUGGCAAUGGCGAGAUCGAUUUCAACGAGUUCUGCCAGAUGAUGGGCAAGCAGAUGCGGGACACUGACACGGAGGAGGAGAUGCGCGAGGCCUUCAAGAUCUUUGACCGCGACCUUGACGGCUUCAUAUCGCCGGCAGAGCUCCGUUUUGUGAUGAUCAAUCUGGGUGAGAAGGUCAGCGACGAGGAGAUUGAUGAGAUGAUACGCGAGGCCGACUUCGAUGGAGAUGGCCUGAUAAACUACGAGGAGUUCCUUAAAUCCACAGCAAUACUAAAUUAAAAAUACAAAAAAUCACAAACAAUGGCCGAACUGACUGAGGAGCAGAUUGCAGAGUUCAAGGAGGCUUUCGCCCUGUUUGACAAGGAUGGCACUGGGUCCAUCACCACCCGCGAAUUGGGCAUCCUGAUGCGCUCCCUGGGCCAAAACCCCACCGAGGCCGAGCUUCAGGAUCUGGUGAACGAGGUCGACAUCGAUGGCAACGGCGAGAUCGACUUCAACGAGUUCUGCCAGAUGAUGAACAAGCAGAAACGGGAAUCUGACACGGAGGAGGAGAUGCGAGAGGCUUUCCAGAUCUUUGACCGCGACCAUGACGGCUUCAUAUCGCCGGCAGAGCUCCGUUUCGCGAUGAUCAAUCUGGGUGAGAAGGUCACUGAGGAGGAGAUCGACGAUAUGGUACGCGAGGCUGACUUCGAUGGGGACGGCCUGAUAAACUACGAGGAGUUUGUUUGGAUGAUCAACCAGAAGUAGGCACCCUGAAACAAAGUACAGACACACACCGAACAUUUCGAAACAUUAAAGCAUUUCCUGUGGAUUGAGGCAAAACUCUUGAAA